GGCGGAGCCGGAGCGCACGCCGGCUCUCCCCACUGCAGUAGUUGUAGUUAGCAGGUCCUGGGGCAGCGGAGAGAAGGUCUCAAGAGGGGUGCCGAGGCGGUUGGAAGGUUGGAAGACUCCUGAAAGACCAGACAGAUUUCGAAACCAGAGCACUCCUGGGGAGAACGGGGGGCCUCUAGGCGCGUGACGAUUUCUUCGCACUAUCAGGGUGCGCUUGCAAGGCUGGUUCCAUGGGCAGGAUUCCGAGCUGCGAUUCCCUCCGGCCCCCUGGGAUUUGUUACCUUCUUAGUUCCUUGUUCGCCGGACUGCUCUUACCACGGAUUGUCGCCUUCAAUCUGGAUGUAAUGAACGCCCUGCGCAAGGAAGGAGAACCUGGCAGCCUCUUCGGCUUCUCGGUAGCCCUGCACCGACAAUUACAACCCCAACCCCGGAGCUGGCUGCUGGUGGGUGCUCCCCAGGCCCUGGCUUUUCCCGGGCAGCAAGCAAAUCGCACUGGAGGCCUCUUUGCUUGUCCCCUGAGCCUAGACGAGAGGAACUGCUACAGAGUGGACAUCGACAGAGGAGCUGAUGUACAAAAGGAGAGCAAGGAGAACCAGUGGUUGGGAGUCAGUGUUCGGAGCCAGGGACCCGGGGGCAAGAUUGUCACCUGUGCACACCGCUAUGAGUCUCGACAGAGAGUGGAUCAGAUCCUGGAGACUCGGGAUGUGAUUGGCCGCUGCUUUGUGCUAAGCCAGGACCUGGCCAUCCAUGAUGAGCUAGACGGUGGGGAAUGGAAGUUCUGUGAGGGGCGCCCCCAGGGCCAUGAACAGUUUGGGUUCUGCCAGCAGGGCACAGCUGCCACCUUCUCCCCCGACAGCCACUACCUCGUCUUUGGGGCUCCAGGAACCUAUAACUGGAAGGGCACGGCCAGGGUGGAGCUCUGUGCACAGGGCUCGUCCGACCUGGCAGACCUGGACGACGGGCCCUACGAGGCAGGGGGCGAGAAGGAGCAAGACCCCAGCCUCAUUCCGGUCCCUGCCAACAGCUACUUUGGGUUGCUUUUUGUGACCAACAUUGAUAGCUCAGACCCUGACCAGCUGGUGUAUAAAACUUUGGAUCCUGCUGACCGGCUCACAGGACCAGCUGGAGAUUUGACCUUGAAUAGCUAUUUAGGUUUCUCCGUCGACUCUGGGAAGGGUCUCUUGCGUGCGGAAGAGCUGAGUUUUGUGGCAGGGGCUCCCCGUGCCAACCACAAGGGGGCUGUGGUCAUUCUGCGUAAGGAUAGCGCCAGCCGCCUGAUACCCGAGGUUGUGCUGUCUGGGAAGCAACUGACCUCUGGCUUUGGCUACUCACUGGCCGUGGCUGAUCUCAACAACGACGGCUGGCCAGACCUGAUUGUUGGUGCCCCUUACUUCUUUGAGCGCCAAGAAGAGCUGGGAGGUGCCGUGUAUGUGUACAUGAACCAGGGUGGCCACUGGGCACAUGUCUCCCCUCUGCGGAUCUGUGGCUCCCCCGACUCCAUGUUUGGAAUCAGCUUGGCUGUCUUGGGGGACCUCAACCAAGAUGGCUUCCCAGAUAUUGCCGUGGGAGCUCCCUUUGAUGGAGAUGGGAAAGUCUUUAUCUACCAUGGGAGCAGCCUGGGGGUGGUUGUCAAGCCCUCACAGGUGCUGGAGGGUGAAGCCGUGGGCAUCAAGAGCUUUGGUUACUCCCUGUCUGGGGGCCUGGAUGUGGAUGAGAACUACUACCCAGACCUGCUCGUGGGCUCCCUGGCUGAUACUGCCGCGCUGUUCAGGGCCAGACCCGUUCUUCACGUCUCCCAAGAGAUCUUCAUUGCUCCGAGAGCCAUCGACCUAGAACAACCCAACUGUGCUGGUGGACUCUUGGUCUGCGUGGACGUAAGGAUCUGCUUCAGUUACAUUGCUGUACCCACCAGCUACAACCCUACUGUGGCCCUGGAUUACACAUUAGAUGGAGACACGGACCGGAGGCUCCGGGGCCAGGUUCCACGAGUGACUUUCCUGAGCAGAGGCCCGGAUGACCCCAAGCACCAGUCCUCAGGCACGGUGUGGUUGAAGCACCAACAAGACCGAGUCUGUGGGGACACUGUGUUCCAGCUGCAGGAAAAUGUCAAAGAUAAGCUUCGGGCCAUUGUGGUGACCCUGCAAUAUAGUCUCAACAGCCCUCGGCAAGCUCCUGGUCCGGGGCUCCCCCCUGUGGCUCCCAUCCUCAAUGCUCACCAGCCUAGCACCCAAAGGACAGAGAUCCACUUCCUGAAGCAAGGCUGUGGUGACGAUAAGAUCUGUCAGAGCAACCUGCAGCUGGUGCAGGCCCGGUUCUGUUCCCGGAUCAGCGACACCGAGUUCCAACCUCUGCCCACGGCUGUGGAUGGAACAACGGCCCUGUUUGCCCUGAGUGGACAGCCGUUCAUAGGCCUGGAACUGACAGUCACCAACCUGCCCUCGGACCCGGCCCAGCCUCAGGCAGAUGGGGAUGACGCCCAUGAGGCCCAGCUCCUGGUCACCCUACCGGCUUCAUUACACUACUCAGGCGUUCGAUCCCUGGAUUCUGUGGAGAAGCCGCUCUGCCUGUCCAAUGAGAAUGCCUCUCACGUCGAGUGUGAGCUGGGGAACCCUAUGAAGAGAGGUGCCCAGGUCACUUUCUACCUCAUCCUCAGCACCUCUGGAAUCACUAUUGAGACCACGGAGUUGGAGGUGGAGCUGCUAUUGGCCACGAUCAGUGAGCAGGAGCUGUACCCAGCCCUUGUUCGAGCUCAAGUCUUCAUUGAGUUACCACUGUCCAUUUCAGGGGUGGCCACUCCUCAGCAACUCUUCUUCUCUGGCGAGGUGAAGGGAGAGAGCGCCAUGCGAUCUGAGAGGGAUGUGGGCAGCAAGGUCAAGUAUGAGGUCACGGUCUCCAAUCAAGGACAGUCGCUCAACACUCUGGGUUCAGCCUUCCUCAACAUCAUGUGGCCCCACGAGAUUGCCAACGGGAAGUGGCUGCUGUACCCCAUGCGGGUGGAGCUGGAGGGCGGACAGGGGCCUGGGAAGAAAGGGAUCUGCUCUCCAAGACCUAACAUCCUCCGCCUGGAUGUGGACAGCAGGGAUAGGAGGCGGCGAGAGCUGGAACCGCUGAGACCAGAGGAGCCUCCAGAGAAGCUGGAGCCCAGCACAUCCUGGUGGCCAGUAUCCUCUGCUGAGAGAAAGAGAAACGUCACUCUGGACUGUGCCCAGGGCACGGCCAAGUGUGUGGUGUUUAGCUGCCCGCUCUACAGCUUUGAUCGUGCAGCUGUGCUACAUGUCUGGGGCCGUCUCUGGAACAGCACCUUUCUGGAGGAGUACAUGGCCGUGAAGUCUCUGGAAGUCAUCGUCCGAGCCAACAUCACAGUGAAGUCCUCUAUCAAGAACUUGUUGCUCAGAGAUGCGUCCACAGUGAUCCCGGUGAUGGUGUACUUGGACCCUGUGGCUGUGGUUGCAGAAGGCGUCCCUUGGUGGGUCAUCCUCCUGGCAGUGCUGGCUGGGCUGCUGGUGCUGGCCUUGCUGGUGCUGCUGUUGUGGAAGCUGGGAUUCUUCAAGCGCGUAAAGCACCCGGAGGCCACUGUGCCCCAGUACCACGCAGUGAAGAUCCUUCGGGAAGACCGACAGCAGUUCAAGGAGGAGAAGACAGGCACCAUCCAGAGGAGUAACUGGGGUGGCGGCUCCCAGUGGGAGGGCUCUGACGCCCGCCCCAUCCUGGAUGUUGAUGGAGCUCCUGUGCCAGCCACUGCUUAACUUCCCUUAUUCUAGGCCUGGCCUUUGAAUCCCUUCCACCCUUUCCCAAGAUGGGCUUCUUGGGAUGGAAAUAGUGGGGUAGGUUGUUGGCGUCCCAUCGAGAUAUGGCAGACUCUACUUCCUCAGGGGCACGGAUCUCUCCCACCGUGAGAACCACUCCUCCAACUUCCCCUUAGGAUGCUGUGAGACGAGGGGGCAUAUCAGGGAUGGGCUGUGGGCAGGGCUGGAAGGACAGGCACAUCCUGAUGGGGAGCAGGGUCCUCCGAUCUCCUUCUCUCAUCCACCCUGCAUAGCAUGUCUUCCCCAAAGUGCCUUAGACAGAGGGUCAGGGAGGAGAGCGUGUCGCUGUCUCUUGUUGCUGUCUCAGGGGCUCUCCCUUCCCUAAUCCUCCCUGUCCUCUGACCUUAGCGUGCUGUACCAGCCUAGUGGUUUUUGUCUAUUUAUUAAAAAGAAUUUGACAAUAAAAAAACUCUGACUGCUUUAUUGA